AUGCGCGACGUCGCCGUGUCCGCGCACGCUGCUCAUGAGGAAGAACCCCUCUGUGGUUCGAAACUAGUAGAGCUUUUCUCAAAAACAAACCCAGUGCCUGUCCAGUCCUCAGUUCGUUGUGGACCUCCGCCGAGCUCACUCGUGAAGAAACCACCAGAACCUGGAAGUGACUUCAAGAAUACAAGUGGAAAUCAACAUAGAAGAAAAAAUAUCGAAGUAAAUUUAACCAAAAUGUAUGACCCUGAAGCUGACACGAUGGGCGCUGCGGACCCGUUCGGCUUGAUUGGACAGAUAAUGAUGGCAUGUUUGUCUGGCUCAACCCUUCCUUUAUCCUCUUCCUGGUCACAAGGUCAAUACAACAGCAGAGGAGAAAGCGGAGUUGAUUUCGGCGACCCGGUACCCGUAGCUGCGCAACCCAGACGGAUUACAAAUGUAAAUAUACCCAGAGUACAACAAGAAGAUUCGAAUCCAUCGGAUAAUACAAUUAAUUCAUCCCUUUGGGAUUGUUGUUGUCCACCGUGGUGUAACUACGCAAGCAAAGCGAGUGAAAAAAUGGAGAACACUACAGUAGAACUAGAUCCCAUAAAUUUAGAAAAUGAAAACCUCGUUUAUGAUUCUGAUUCUUGUAUAGCCCCACCUCCGACACCCGUAGAAGAAUUUGCAUCAGAAUAUGAAAUGCUUCCAUCAGCCGCCGAAAUUCAAUCAUCAAGGAACCGCAGAAACAUACGCAUGGGAAGAAUGAAUCCUUUAGAGGAUCAUGAACGUAAAAUCAUUAUAGAAUUUUGCCAUCUCCUGGAAAAAUCUAAACAACUGUUCAAUGGUUUACGUGAGUUGCCACAAUAUGGGCACAAACAAUGGCACUCGUAUUUCGGAAAGACGUUUGACGUGUACACGAAGCUGUGGAAAUUUCAACAGCAACACAGAGGGAUUCUCGACAGUAAAUAUGGACUAAAGCGAUGGCAAAUUGGAGAAAUCGCUUCGAAAAUAGGACAACUUUACUAUCACUUCUACUUAAGAACAAGUGAUACAGCUUAUCUAAGUGAAGCGUUUUCCUUCUACUUCGCCAUCCGAGGCAGAAGCUAUUACACGCAAGCGUCUAAAGAAGACAAAUGUGAACUAAUGGUAAAAAAACUUCGUUACUAUGCCAGAUUCAUAGUCGCAAGCUUACUGCUAAAAAAAAUGAAACUCGUGCGAGAUUUACUAAAUGAACUCGAUAAACAAAUUAGCGAAUAUGGCAUUACUUACGAGCCUGAUGAUCAAAACGAAUGGAGGAUUGUUGCUGACGAAGUUAGAAGCUUCAUUAAAGUCGAACCAGUGGUAACAGUUUACCAUCCACAAGAAUUCGUAGUUAUACUGUCACAUCGGCUUAGUCCUCAAACGACGCCACCGAUCGAGAGGACGUCAGCGAUGACAUUAAUACUCCAAGAAGUGCUGAUUGUGGGGAGUAAUGCAACUCAAUUGAAGUUUUCUGAACUGACAAUGGACAUGUAUAGAAUGAUGCAGACUCUUGAACGAGAGCCCAAUGGCGAGGCUCAGCAUUUGUACGAUGAGUCACCACGACAGCGUUGUGCGUCUACUCCAAGUGCUUUUAACAACAAAGGCUAUAACUUAGAAUGCGGUUUAAAUAAAAAUGAGGGGCCGCAUAAAUACUUGCUGUUUAAGCCGUCACCGAAUCAGGUCUUUGUGUACCUGGCCAGUGCUUGCGAUGACCUGCUCUGUAAUGGAGUUGUCCUGCUUUAUAUUUCUGCAGAAGGGCUGCUCGUUCCACCAUCAAAAAAUCAUUGUGAAGAAGCAGGCGGCUACGACGUGGGAGGUUUGAUCACGACGUCCAAAAUUGACGUCCUUGGACGGGAAACGACUAUAAAAGAGGGAAAAUCAGCUCCUCCAAAGUAUAAAGAUCUGCAGGUUCUCCAUCCAGGUGACCUGUAUCCAUUCACGCGUCGUCCCAUGGUCAUCAUUGUGGAUUCUGAUAAUUCUUUCAUAUUCAACGACAUGCCUCGUUUGUUCGGGCAGCCGCUGAUCAUCCUGAUGUCUCCGAUGGAGUUACCUUCCAAUCUCUAUCCUAUUCCUGGUGAGGCAAGGGUCGAGGGUAGCCUGUUCACGCUGUUCCUGCAUUGCCCGCUGUCAGCCCUCUGCCUCUGCUGCGACAUCAAGAAGAUGGGAUUGAUGAACUGGGAACGAGCGCAGUCCUAUAUCGACGCUUUUCUGAAGGAAGCGGGCGCGCUGGUAGCUCGCAGCCGUACUGAGUACGUGUUGUUCCUGGGGGAUGAUUUUCUGCGGUUGUUGAUCCUACGCUUCAUCUUCUGUGAGACGUUUUUGCGAAUGCACCGGCUGUUCCGCGGGCGAGCGCAGCAUACUCGCUGUAGCCCUCCGCUGCCCAAUGACAUCUACGACCACCCUACACUCACCCACAUCUUCAUGGAGCUAUUAGCACACCUGCAGGUACGAAGCCACUUCCACGAGCCAGCCGCCGCAGCACAGGCUAGCAGGGAGUGA